AUGAAGGGCCAUUCAAACAAGACACUGAGUCACAGGUCAGCACCAAGUCCUUCCCAAGGUGCCUCCAGCCCAGGAGUAGGAGGAACUCCUCCUCAGACCAACAUGACGAGCAAUCGGAGGCUGCAACAGACACAGGCUCAAGUGAAUGAGGUGGUAGACAUAAUGCGAGUUAACGUGGACAAAGUACUAGAAAGAGACCAGAAGCUUUCAGAACUUGAUAACAGGGCAGAUGCUUUGCAAGCUGGUGCCUCGCAAUUUGAAACCAGUGCAGCUAAGCUGAAGAGGAAACACUGGUGGAAAAACUGUAAGAUGAUGAUCAUCCUCGGUGCAGUAUGUGCAGCCAUUCUUAUCAUAAUUAUAAGUAAGUAA